AUGUAUGUAUGUACGUUUUUUUUUUCUUCCUUUAUAGGAGAUAUUUUAAACCUACAGGUCUACUAUCCUUGGGAGUUCCUUUCCAGCUCUCCUUGCAGAACAGUUGUUUUCCCGUUAAUGACAUCUGGAGUUACCUACUGGGUGAUCAAGUCUUUGCAGCAGCUGGACGUAUGUUCAAGUUGCAUCAACAGCUACACCCUUCUUGUAUCGCCUCGCCUUCUCGUUACGGUCUUUUCUUUCAUCCUUGACUACAGCGUUUAUCGAUUAGCUCCUUUCUGGGAAGCUGAUCCGUGGAAAGCGCUGGUGCUUCUUGCCGGAUCAUAUGUCACUCUGGUAUUUUACACGAGGACGUUUACCAACACGCUUGAAGGACUUCUCUUUGCUCUUCUCAUGGUGUUGGUUUGCUCAAGAAAGCCUGAUGGCAGCUCAGCAGGGCCUACACACAGCCCUCUCAUAGGUAUUGUAACCACUGCUGGGUUUUUCAACAGGCCAACCUUUUUGGCAUUUGCUCUAAUGCCCCUGCUCUACUGGGCAGGUUUAAUUGUUGAGUCUCAAAAGAGCAUUAAAACCAUCAUAAACCACUUUUUGAAGCUUUUCCUAUGUGCGUGUUUUACUGCCAUUGUUUUCAUAACAGCUGACACCUUCUAUUUUACCUCCAUGGGCUUAGACAACCUCUACAGCAUUAAAAAGAACAGCUUAUUUGAUGUAAUAGGUCAACUAAAUGAGAAAAUGGUAAUAACCCCUUUCAAUUUUCUCAGCUAUAAUCUUAAUUCUCAUAACCUCGCACUGCAUGGAAGUCAUCCACGAGUUACGCAUUUUACAGUCAAUGGAAUAAUGCUCUUUGGGAUCUUACAUGUUCUGGCCAUCGGUGCUGGUUUUAAAAUGUUAAAGAAAUACGUCCCUCAGCUAAUACAGGUCAAGUCACGUUCCCAUGGGUCACCUGGGCUGCUGGCAGGUUCUGAGGGCAAUCCAACGUUACUGCUGUUUUAUUUUGUCCCUUUGGCAUUUCUCUCCCUAUUCAGUCAUCAAGAACCUCGGUUUCUCAUUCCUCUCAUCUUGCCAUUAGUCCUUUUCAGCACGUCACAGAGCAGAGCUGUGAAGUGGAAACAUGUCAUUAUUAUUUUCAAUGUUCUCGGGGCUUUGCUGUUUGGGUGCUUACACCAGGGGGGACUGAUCCCAUGCUUGUUUCACUUGGAGCAACUCGUGCAUUCAGAGUCCUCAAACCACCCAAGGCACUAUACUCUACUCUUUGCUCACACCUACAUGCCUCCCAGGUCUCUGCUGAACAUCAAGAAGAGGGACACACAUAUAGAAGUCAUUGACAUGGCUGGGUCUGAAGAAGAAACCCUCUGCCGAGCAGUAGAGCAGCGAGCAAACAACUUUACCUGCAAUCACUGCCAUGUGUUUGUUAUAAUCCCUGGUACAGUCAGAGCCACAAUGACAAAAUGUGGUGUCUUGUUCAGGAAUGAGACUUUGAUAUUUCCCCACUUAUCAAUGGAGGACCCUCCCCAAAUCCCUUUCCUGUUCAGUGGAAACUGGAGAAGUCAGUUAGGACUGUACAUCCUUCAGCUGGACAGGGGUCAGCAGCACCUCUAA